AUGCAUAAAUUCAAAACUAUCUUUUCAAAGAAAACUAAAAAUGUCAUUGAAUACUUUGGUGUGUGUCAUGAUUGUAAAAAGCCUAAUACCGGAAUAGAAUGGUGUAAUAAAUGUGACCCAGGACGGUUUUUAAGAGAAGGAAAAACGAGUGGAAAUCCUGAAAUAGACAAAUUAAUUCAUGAAUCACAACUUAAUACUGAUGAUCGUUAUAAUUUAGAAUGGAUACCAUAUGAUAAAUUUCUUGAUAUUAAAUCAAUAAGUGAAGGUGGUUUUUCUAAUAUUUUUUCAGCUUCUUGGAAUAAUAAAAGGAGAAAUCCGAACGGGUCUAUUAUAGUUGCACUUAAAAAAUUUAAAAACUCAAUAAAAAUGACAGAAACUUUUAUUAACGAGAUUAAAAUGUAUAAUGAAUUUGAUAAUUCUCUUCGUUUAUAUAUCGUACAAUUUUAUGGUAUAACAAAAGAUCCACAAACAGAAGAAUUUAUGAUGGUAUUAAAAUUUGCAGAUGAAAGUUUAAGAGAGUACCUUAAAAAAAAUUUUCAUAAUUUAAAUUGGAAAGAAAAAUUAAAUAUUUUAUGUAAUAUUGCAGACUCUCUUGAUAUUAUUCAUAAGAAUAAUUAUAUUCAUAAGGAUUUACAUAGUGGAAAUAUACUUCAAUUUUAUAUGGAUGUUAAAGUUACAAAAAUUGCAGAUUUAGGAAUUGCAAAAUUAAUACAAAAUUCAAGAUCCUCUGAUUCUUCAAAUGUUUGUGGAGUACUUCCUUAUAUAGCCCCAGAAGUUUUAUAUGGAGAACCAUACACAUUUGCUAGUGAUAUUUAUAGUUUUGGAAUUAUUAUGAUAGAAAUGACAACUAGAAGGUCACCUUAUUCAAAUGUACCACAUGAUGAGAAACUUGCAUUAGCAAUUUGCAAUGGUUUAAGACCAAGAGUAGCCAAAGGAACACCAAAAGUUUAUAUUAAUUUAGUAAAUCAAUGCCUUGAUGCAAAUCCCGAAAAAAGACCCAAAAAUUUAUCUUACUAUUUACAUUAUUUAAAAAGUUAUAAGAAUUUUAUUGAUAUUAAUUCACAGGAUUCCACUUCAGAAAACAAAUUUCAUUCUGAAGCAAUAUACAUUAGUCGUUAUAUGAGUUUUACUAAUCUUACCAUUCCAAGAAAUUCUACAAAAGUUCAAAUUGAAGAUUCAAAAGUUUCAGAUUCACAAUUAAUUGACCAGCAUAUUUCUGAUGAUUUUCAAAGUUCAUUUGAUCAAGAUUAUAUAGAAAUGAAUGAAAAUGUUGAUAAAAUCGAUCUUAUUAAAUAUUAUACAGAAGACGAUGAAUAA